AUGAUGCACGCCAUCAUGCCUAUCUGCGGCUUCAGAGAUCCUCAUUGUUGGCCGAACUCCUGCAAUCUCAACCUCUACGAGGAUGGCGGCAUGUCUGUGGGUUGGCACUCGGAUGAUGAGAGCCUCUUCCAAGGAAAGCUGGUCGACAUCCGGAUUCUCUCCCUGUCACUGGGUGCGAGGCGGAAGUUUGAGCUGCGGGCGAACUGGCCGGAGGAGGCAGAGUCGACUCAGCCAAAGAGUGUGAUGCUGAGUGCGGCCCUGAGAAUCUGGCGUGAUGGAGAUAUGAUGACGAUGGAAGGCAUGACUCAGAAGCACUUUCAGCAUCGAGUUCCCAAAGAGGGCCACGUGGAUGGGCCACGCAUCAAUCUGACCUGGAGAUGGACGGCCCACGACCCAGUCGCACCGAAAGCAGGAGGGUCCCAGAAAGCAUCCCUCCCACGAUGCCAGAUGAGCACAUUCGCCGCAAAUCAGCGUUUCUGGGUGAGCGCAGAAAAAUCAAUCCUAUGA